UUUUGCCGCUAUGGCUUCAUUCAAGAGUUGUUUUUUCUUCCUCUUUUUGUUUUUAAUUAUUAGCUGUAUUCGUUCUUAUCAAGUUUCUCACGACGGACGAGCUAUCACCAUUAAUGGUGAAAGAAGAGUUCUUUUAUCUGGCUCUAUUCAUUACCCUAGGAGCACUGCUCAAAUGUGGCCUGAUUUGAUAAAGAAAGCAAAAGAAGGUGGAUUGGAUGCAAUUGAAACAUAUGUAUUUUGGAAUGCACACGAGCCACUUCGUCGCCAAUAUGAUUUUUCUGGGAAUUUAGAUCUCACAAGAUUUUUGAAAACAAUUCAAGAUGAAGGACUUUAUGCUGUUCUUCGUAUUGGACCUUAUGUUUGUGCUGAAUGGAAUUAUGGAGGAUUUCCAGUAUGGUUACACAAUAUGCCUGGAAUUGAGCUCCGAACAGCCAACCAAGUUUAUAUGAACGAGAUGCAAAAUUUUACUCAGUUAAUAGUUGAUAUGGUGAAACAAGAGAAGCUAUUUGCAUCUCAAGGAGGUCCAAUAAUUCUAGCACAAAUUGAGAAUGAAUAUGGAAACGUACAAACAUCUUAUGGAGAUGCUGGAAAAGCUUAUGUUGAUUGGUGUGCUAAUUUUGCUCGAUCACUUGAUAUUGGAGUUCCUUGGAUCAUGUGCCAACAACCUGAUGCUCCCCAAUCCAUGAUAAACACAUGCAAUGGUUGGUACUGCGAUGAUUUUACACCAAGCAAUCCGAAUACCCCAAAGAUGUGGACUGAAAAUUGGACUGGAUGGUUCAAGAAUUGGGGUGGCAAAGAUCCUUUAAGAACAGCUGAGGAUGUUGCUUUUUCUGUUGCACGAUUUUUCCAAACAGGUGGCACAUUCCAAAACUAUUAUAUGUACCAUGGUGGGACAAAUUUUGGUAGAACAUCUGGUGGUCCAUAUAUUACAACAACAUACGAUUACAAUGCACCACUUGAUGAAUUUGGAAAUUUGGCACAGCCAAAAUAUGGUCAUUUAAAGGAACUUCAUGAUGUGUUACAUUCAAUGGAGAAAACUCUUACCAGUGGCAAUAUUACCAACUCUGAUCUUGGAAAUUCUGUUGCGGUCACUAUUUAUGCUUUGGAUGGACAAUCAAGUUGCUUCUUUAGCAACGCUAAUGAGACGACAGAUGCAACCAUUACUUAUCAAGGUGUUCAAUACAAUGUGCCAGCUUGGUCUGUUAGUAUUCUUCCAGAUUGCAAGACUGAAGUUUACAACACAGCCAAGGUCAAUACUCAAACUUCAGUUAUGGUGAAGAAAUCAAAUGAUGCUGAAAAUGAACCAGCUUCUCUCCAAUGGUCAUGGAGGCCUGAGAAGGUAGAUGAAGCUGUGGUUCUUGGAAGAGGACAAUCUUCUGCUCAUGAAUUGGUUGAUCAAAAAGUUGCUAAUGAUGUUAGUGAUUACAUGUGGUACAUGACUAAUGUCUAUAUUGGCAAGAAUGAUCCAAUCUGGAGUGAUAAUAUGACCCUUCGAGUUAAUGGCAGUGGCCACAUUCUUCAUGCUUAUGUCAAUGGCCAAUAUCUUGGUUCUCAAUGGGCAACAUAUGGAAUAUUCAACUAUGUUUUUGAGAAGCAGGUUAAAUUGAAUCCUGGCAGGAAUCAUAUAUCAUUGCUUAGUGCUACUAUUGGAUUACAGAAUUAUGGAGCUCACUUUGAUACAGUUCAAAGUGGAAUUCCUGGUCCAGUUGAAAUAAUUGGAAAGAAUGGAGAUGAGAGUGUGAUUAAGGACUUGUCUUCUCACAAAUGGUCUUAUAAGGUAGAUUUGAAUGGUAUUAACAAUAAGUUGUUUUCUGGAAACCCUAAGUUUGAGAAUGGACAAUGGUUCUCUCAAGAUGUUCCAAUCAAUAGAAUGAUGACUUGGUACAAGACAACAUUCAAAGCUCCACUAGGGAAUGAUCCAGUUGUUGUAGACUUGCAAGGUUUGGGCAAGGGACAUGCAUGGAUUAAUGGUGAAAGUAUAGGUCGUUAUUGGCCAAGUUAUUUGGCAGAAGAGGAAGGUUGCUCUACUGAUUUGUGUGAUUAUCGUGGUAAAUAUGGUCCUGAUAAAUGUGCUUCUGGUUGUGGUGAACCUACUCAAAGAUGGUACCAUGUUCCUCGUUCGUUCUUGAAAAGCGACGAAAAUACAUUGGUUUUGUUUGAAGAAUUUGGUGGAAAUCCAUCACUUGUAAAUUUCCAAACAGUUCAAGUUGGAACAGCUUGUGGAAGUGCAUAUGAGAAUAAAACUAUGGAAUUGUCAUGUAAUGGUCGUCCUAUUACUGCAAUUCGUUUUGCUAAUUUUGGUGAAACAGAAGGAAUUUGUGGAUCUUUUGACAAAGGUAGCUGUUCAAGUGAGAAUGAUGUUGUUUCUAUUAUUGAAAAAGCUUGUGUUGGAAAAGAGAAAUGUUCAGUGCCAGCAUCUGAAAGUGUGUUUGGUUCGACAAAUUGUGGAAAUAAUGCCAAGAGACUUAUUGUUGAGGCUGUGUGCUAGACUUAGUUUUAAACAAUUAUUGUAAUUGUUGAUAAUGUUGCUACAUUAUAGUUUUCUAGCAAGUAGAUUAGUUUGAGUUUUCUGUUACAUAGUUCGUUUUAGUUUCAUUUAUUGUAUUCUUAGUCGUAAUUAACUCUUUUUUAUGAGUACAAUAAAGUUUAGUUUCAAUUUUGUC